UACUGCAAAUCAGUUCGUUACCUCACCGACAAAAGUGAAGGCAGGGUGGCAGGGGGCUGUAGAAAAGGAAAAGGGUUGAAGGAGUAAAGUAAAGUGAGGUGCGCACGGGCCGUUGUGCCAAUAAUAUUGCUCCACCGCCGAUUUUCUAGCCAGUAAUGCGUACUCGUAGUUAGUCCAGGGAAUAACUCAUCACGAAAUUUCCCCAACUCGAGAGCUGGUAACGGGCUCUGGAAAAGGGCACAAUCCAAUCGGCCACAAUGAUUCGGCACUCCAUACAGACAGGCAUCGGCCGGGGCAGGCCAGAACUCUCGCGUCUCAGCGAAGGUAUCUCAUCGACCCUCCGCCAAUUUUCCAUUGCGCAAGCUCGCUGUGCCCCCGACAACAAUGGUGCAACCCCUUCGCCACCGGCCUCAAGCCGCCAGCGAUCUGCUGCUGCUGCCAAUGAGCUACUCUCCAUGAACAGUGGUUCCUCCUCUCCAUCCUCUGCGCCGAAACGAUCCAGCAACAACAACAGAUCAGCUUCGCCACCCUCGGCUGCUGGACAAUCUUCUGCGCCCAAGGUUAUCAGCAUCAACACCCUCCGCGGCGGUUCCCAGGGGCGCUUCGCCGGCUUCAGAAAGGUCUCAGAAGAUGAGGCAUUCCCGGGCACUCCGACGUACUCACGGUCACCAAGUGGCCCUACCACUACGAGAGGAGGCAUCAUAUCUGGUGGUAUCAUUCGUGGCGGUUUCCGAGGUCGAGGAGGCGGUAACGCUUUUGCUGCCGGACGGCCGCCGAGAGACGGCGAGUCUGGCGGCGGUGGGUUCAGACCGGCGGCGCGAGGACGAGGGCGCGGACGAGGACGAGGCGGAAGCAGAGGAUCAGACGACCGACCCGUCCAAAAAAGACGGGGGAACAGACGCGAGGAGAGGAUAGAGCAGCAGGACUACGCGCGGUUCAAGGCGUCGGGCGCCGACGAGGAGCCCGAACUCACAUCCUACAACCAGGCCAAGGAGACCGGCGUCGACUUGCCGUUCCAGCCCACCGCGCCGAAGGAUCUGUUCGCCGAGCUUGCUGCCUACGCGCCAGCGGUUGGCACGGGCGCCACGCCCCUAGCACAGAGCUCAACCAUCAUCACCCAGGCCCGCAUGCUGGGUGGCGGACGUUCCUUCCACCCAGAUGACUGGCCGACGCCCGUCGCGGCCAAGGAGCUCUACCAGAAAGGUCACGGUGUCUUCUUCCCCAGUGCCGAGGCCAAGACUUGGGCAAAUAGGCAGACCAGGAGGAUGGAGUACCAGAACCCGCCAAAGGAGACCACUACGGCUGUCCUGGAUGCGGCCCUUUUGGGCAAGUACGACGGACCCAAGUUCUCCCAGCCUGGAGACACUAUCGGUACGGUGGCGAGCUAUGUCAAGAGGCAAGGUACCUGGAAUGCAGCUGCGGAAAGAGAUAUCGAGGCCAAGGUCAAGAGCAUGUUGCCCGUUGCAAAGGGCCCUGCAAAGACGCAGGUCAAGCGGGCCUAAGAGUAUCGCCAGAGCAUGUGCCCCGUUGCUCUAUAAGUAGAGGCCCGUCCGUCCAUAUUGUACAUCAUGCAGCAUUGUAUCAACAUCUGUUUUAUACUAGUGUACAUGCAACUACACAAAUGAAUACACAUUUUCCCGAGUUGCUCGAGUGCGUUCGUAAAUUACCGAUCUAUUACAGAAUUCGUCAUGCAUGUUUACCAUACAGUAGAUUUUCUUCCUUCCGUCCUUUCUU